AUGACGUCAGCGCCCGGCGAACGCGAAUCGGGCAGAAACAGAGUUCCGCCUAACGAUUCUUUCAUAAGUGAUUACAGAUGAUUUAAUUAAUCAAAUUAAGAUCUGUAAAAGCUGGAAGAAUCGUAAUUAAAUAAAGUAUAUUUUGGUAAAUUAAAACACAAAAAUUAAUCACUAAAUGAAGCGUAAAGUAAGUUUGAAAGCAAGAAAACAGAGUUCCGACGUCGCGACAACGAUGCGUUGGCGAUGCACUAGAAUCUUGAGCGUUCAGGAGGAUCGUCGUGCAGUGUCCACGGCCUCGAAGGCUCUCUUUGGACAAAGACGACGUGGGCAAUCUCUAGAUCUUCUCGCAAAGUCUAGAAAUUAAUGAAAUGGGUCGUCGAGUCGUCUCCGGCAGCUGUCACCCAGCGGAGCGGAAAAACGGCGACUUUGCGGCUCUCCGGCGGCUGUCACCCGACGGAGAGGAGCUGGAUGGAGGUGGGGCGCGUGUCAGGGAGCUUCAUGCUCAAGUCUGCGCAACAAGAGGAGUCUCUUCAUCGUAUCUGGUAUGCUCUCAGGAGGUGGCGACUCGUCUCUCGGCGGAUCGUCCUCUUCCUGACAACGGCUUGUUCGUCGAUCAAUUGGAGAUGAUUUACUCGAUGGAUUCGCGAUCCUUUUAUCGCGAAUCGUUCAGCAAUUUUAGUAGCAAUGCUCCGCGAAUCGCGUUGACGAGAUUUUCACCGAUGAUCCAGCGAUUCUCGUUGCUUAAUCCUUCACCGGCGAUCUGUAGGAAAGUCACGAUAAUCAGAUAAAAAUAUAUGACUUUUGACUCUAGAAGGACUCGAACCCGCGCCGGUCGCCCGCCUCUUCUGAGGAAGGUGUGACGCGGGUUUAGUCCCACAUCGGUUGUGUGCCAAUUUUUUGGGCGAAUAUAUAGUAAUGUUAGCUUUCUAAGCAAAAUUCCUUCUCUCACGUGUACGACCACUCCUUGCCCCACAGCCGGCUGGCCACCGGUGACGUGGAAGGGGGGUGACGCACACGUGCCCCUAUCGGUCUAAGCCGCUCGAGCCCCUGCUCGCGGCUACUCUCCGACUGAGCUUCCGACCUGCUUGCGGGCCCGGCUGGCCGGCGGGUCCCCCCAUUUUGCAAUAUUUUACUUUUAUUUCUUUUUCUUCAUUUAUCUCAAAAGUAAGACUGUAAAAAUCAUAUAAAUUUGUAUAAAAUCACAUAAUUACCCAAAAAAUCACAUUAAUCAACUAAAAACCACUUUUCACACUUUAACACAAAUAUAAGUCUAUUUCUCAUGAGUUAAGGCUAAAAAUAUAUUAUUUACUAUUUAUUAACUCAUGAUAAUGAAGACUUAUCACACCCCCCAACUUAAAUCAUUGCUAGUCCCUUAGCAAUGGAAUUACAAAAAUAAAAAUUUACAAAUUUCAAAUAUCAUAUUUCAAUACAGAAAAAAAAUAAAUACAAUAAGAAAUGAUGCACCUUUAAACACUUUGGAUUCUUAUAUCAAGUAUUUAAGAAUGAUGUCAAGCACUUAAAUGUUUAAACACUCUUUGGAAUAACAAUCUAGACUUCACUUCUUCUAUUCACAUCUUUAUCACUUCUUCACUCAUAGAUGUAUUUACAAGAUGUUCUAAUUAUCAAUACUCAUCCAAGAAUAAUAUUGAUCCUACAUUUCCCUUUUUCUAUUGCUUGAUUUUUGAAGUUUGCACUAUAUUUCUUCUUUCUUUAUAUAUAGUGGAUAAGUAGCUUUUCCUGUAGACAAAUUUCGACAAUAAGAAUGAUGUCUCACACCCUCCAUGUGUACUCUUCAUUUUCAGGGCUUUCACUUUAUCCACUUAUUUUGUAGCAAGUAUUUUUCUAUGCACGAUUUUCGACAAUGAGAAUGAUGUCUCACACCCUCCAUGUGUACUCUUCGUUUCUAGAUUUUUCACAUUGCUCUCUCUUUUUUUUUCUUUUUUUUUUUUUCGAGAUAAGUGAUUUCUGUUCACAAGUCCUAUAGAUCAAGGUGCAAAAAUCUUCAUUAAACUCAAAUGAUCAAUCAAAUUUUGACAUCAAGUAAAUACUAUCCAUCAAGAUCAUGAAGUGAAAAUCUGUAAAAUCAAAUCCAUGUUAUCUAUCAUGUAUCCAAGGAGUAUUCCAACAUUUCAUACUACUAGAUUAUUCUUUUGACUCAAUAAUAAUCUUCCUAGUAUCUUUUGGUAUCAAUCAAUCUAAUUGAUUUAAUUUUUCAUGCAUGCAAUAUGAUGUAAGAGAUUUGUAAAUUAGAUAGUUCUGACAAUUUUGUUUUCUAUUUUCAGUUCUAUUUUUAGCAGCAAUAAAUUUGUCAAAAAUAAAUCAAAACUAUCCUCUUUAUAGCUGUAAUUUCGAAUUUCAGUAAUAUAUGUCUAGGGGAUUGAAAUGUGAGAAAAGGGUCUCUAGAUUUUCAAAUUUUAGGCUAUUUUUUGUCUGCUGUUUUUGACAGUCUGUUGUUCCUAACAGAAAACCAGAAAAUAGAUGUUGCAGUUUUUCUGAUUUUUUUUUUAUUGUUAUUUUUAGUUGUUAUUCUAAGUUGAAUAAAAUGCAAACACAUGUUCUUAAUCGUCUUACAACAUAAAUUAAUAAUGAAUACUUCACCCCCCAACUUAAAAAUGACAUUGUCCUCAAUGACACAGAAAAAUCGAAACAGAAUAUGCAGAAAAUAUAAUUUUCACGUGAAGCAUGCAUAUAUGCAAAGUUAAGCAUUAAAAAUGUUGUCAUAAAUGAUAAAGCUCUGAAAGACAUCACCUCAACCUCGUUUUUAAUUUUCCACUUCGUCUUACACGCCUCCUCCUACACUCUUUCGAAAAAACAAAUACAGAAACAAGUAUUGCAAAAUUCUAAGAAAAAUAGAGCUUAAAAAAAAUCAAACAAAAUGAAAUAAAAACCAUGGGUUGCCUCCCAUGCAGCGCUGAAUUUAAUGUCUCCAGCUGGACUGCUUGAUCUUACUCUUGAAUUUCUUUUAAUAAUAAAAUUUCUUUUUCUGCAAGGCGUUCAUGUUCUAUGUAAUGUUUAAGCCGCUGUCCAUUUACCUUAAAGUUAUGAUUUAAGAUCUUUAAUCAUUACAGCCCCAUGAUCAUAUGUCUCUUCCACCACAUAAGGCCCUUUCCAUUUUGAUUUUAAUUUUCCUGGGAAUAAUUUCAGCCUAGAAUCAUAUAACCACACUUUUUGUCCAACAUCAAAUUUUUUUCUGCUAAUGUAUUUAUCAUGAAAAGUUUUAGUUUUUUCUUUAUAUAUUAUAUGAUUUUCAUAAGCUUCAUUCCUCAACUCCUCUAGUUCAUGUAGCUGAAAAAUUCUAUGCCCACCAGCUGGUUUUUCAUCCAUACAUAAAUUUUUUAUAGCCCAUAAUGCUUUAUGCUCUAUUUCCACAGGAAGAUGACAUGGCUUUCCAAAAAUGAGACGAAAUGGGGACAUACCUAUGGGAUUUUUAUAAGCUGUUCUAUAAGCCCAUAAUGCAUCUUGUAAUUUCGUGGGCCAAUCUUUCCUAUCUAGUCUAACUAUUUUUCUCAAAAUUCUCUGAAUUUCUCUAUUUGCUACUUUAGCUUGCCCAUUUGUUUGGGGAUGAUAUGGAGUGGCUACUCUAUGGUGUACUCCAUUCUUUUUCAAUAGUUCCCUGAAAUGUUUAUUUGUAAAAUGUGUUCCUCCAUCACUAAUAAUCACUCUAAGACAUCUAAAUCUCGAAAAAAUAUUUUCCUGCACAAAUUUCAUCACGAUUUUAUGAUCAUUAGUUCUAGUAGGAAUAGCUUCCACCCACUUCGACACAUAAUCAACAGCAAGCAAAAUAUAUUCAUAUUUUUCAGCUGAUGGGAAGGGACCCAUGAAAUCUAUUCCCCAUACAUCAAAAAUUUCGACUACUAACAUGUUACUCAUGGGCAUUUCAUCUGUUUUACUCAUGUUACUUAUAGAUUGGCAUGAAAUACCUGUUCUACUAAAUUCUAUAGAAUCUCUAAUGAUUGUAGGCCAAUAAAAACCACACUGAAAAUUUUUUGCAGCUAUUUUUCGUCCAAAGAAAUGUCCUCCACAGUUAGAUGAAUGGCACAUGUUAAUAAUGCUAUGGUAUUCUUCUUCAAGAACACAUCUCCUUAAAAUUUGAUCAUUGCCCAAGUAAUAUAAAUCAAGAUCAUGCCAAAAAUAAUUUCUAAUCUUAGAAAAAAAAUGAUAUUUUCUGUUCUUAUCCCACUAUUCUAGAGUUUUUCCAAAAACCAGAAAAUUAACAAUAUGUGCAUACCAUGGUGAUGGUUGAUGUUGAGCUGCCAUCAAUUGUUCAUCUGGAAAUGCAUCUUGUAAAGGUGUUGUAUUUAUUCCUGUAUCACUUAAUCUAGAAAGAUGGUCAGCAACAGCAUUCUCGAAACCUUUUUUAUCUUUUAUUUCUAAGUCAAAUUCCUGCAAUAAUAAAAUCCAUCUUAAUAAACGUGGCUUUGCAUCUUUCUUAUUUAACAGAUAUUUUAAUGCUGCAUGAUCAAUAUAAAUAAUAAUUUUAGCUCCCAAAAUAUAUGAUCUAAACCUUUCUCACGAAAAUACUACAGCUAACAACUCUUUUUCAGUCGUGGUAUAAUUUAAUUGAGCAUCGGAUAUAGUUUUACUAGCAUAUGAAAUUACUAUGGGUUUUGACUCUUUUGUUUGUCCUAGAACAGCCCCCACUGCAUAAUUCGAUGCAUCACACAUUAUUUCAAAGGAAAGGGACCAAUCAGGAGCUUGUAAAAUGGGUGCCUCAGUAAGUAAUCUUUUUAUUUCAGAAAAAGACUCAAAACAUUUCUCAUCAAAAUUAAAAGGCACAUCUUUAGAUAAUAGCAUGGUGAGAGGUUUAGAAAUUUUCGAAAAAUCUUGAAUAAAUUUUUUGUAAUAACUUGCAUGACCCAAGAAAGAUCUAAUCUGUUUUACUAAAUUUGGAGAUUUCAUUUUAGAUAUAAUAUCAAUUUUUGCUCUAUCCACCUCUAAACCCCUUUCACUCACAAUAUGACCCAACACAACUCCCUCUCUAACCAUAAAAUGUGAUUUCUCCCAACUCAAAACUAAUUUUUUCUCUAUGCAUUUCUCAAGUACAUGCUGUAAAUGAUUUAAGCAUUCAUCAAAUGAUUUACCAAAAACAGAAAAAUCGUCUAUAAAAAUUUCCAUACAUUUUCUAAUCAUAUCAGAAAAAAUAGACAGCAUACAUCUUUGAAAUGUGGCUGGAGCAUUACACAGACCAAAAGGCAUGCGUUUAAAAGCAAAAGUACCAAAUGGACAAGUGAAAGUUAUUUUUUCUUGAUCUAAAGGGUUUAUAUAAAUUUGAUUAUAACCAGAGUAUCCAUCUAGAAAACAAAAAAAGUUUUUUCCAGCUAAUUUUUCUAGAAUUUGAUCAGUAAAUGGUAGGGGAAAAUGAUCUUUUCUAGUAACUGAAUUUAAUUUUCUAUAAUCAAUGCAAACUCUCCAACCGGUAGUUAAUCUUGUUUGUAUUUCAUCUCCAUUUUCAUUUUUUAUAACUAUGAUGCCUGAUUUUUUUGGCACCACUUGUGUAGGACUAACCCAUUUGCUAUCUGAAAUAGGAUAAAUAAUACCAGCAGCCAGCCACUUUAAAAUUUCUUUUUUUACAAUUUCCAUCAUGUUAGGAUUUAAUCUUCGUUGUGGUUCCCUGCUAGUUCUAGCCCCCUCCUCUAGAUAUAUAUUAUGUAUGCAUACACUCAUAUCAAUGCCCCUUAGAUGAUCCAUUUUCCAGCCCAUAGCCUUCUUAUUUUUUCGAAGUACAUCUAAUAAUUCUUCUUCCUGUUCAUCACUCAAAUCAGCUGCAAUAAUAACAGGAAAUGAAUUAUUUUCCUCCAAGAACAUAUAUUUUAAACUAGAGGGAAGAGGUUUCAACUCUAAAUUCAGAUGAUCUUCCUCUUUCUUUUCUUCUAAAUUUAUAUCCUCUAUUUCCUCUAAUUCUUCCAGCACACAGUCAUCAAUAACAUCUGGAUCAUCAAAAUCAUCUAGAAGAUCUAUGGUAUGACAAUCAUAUACUUGGGAUUUCUUAAGAUCAUUUGAUACCUCAAAAAUUUUAAUUUCUACUGAUUGAUCUCCACAUGAAAUUUUCACAAUACCUGUGGGAAAAUCAAUAUUCAUCUUUGCUGUAUGCAAAAAUGGUCUCCCUAGGAUGAUUGGCGUAUCAUAAAACUGUCCAUUAAAAUCUAUUUCUAGCACUACAAAAUCAGCUGGAAAUUUACAUCCUUUAACUGUCACUAUCACAUUUUCUAAAAUACCUUUAGGAUGUUUUAUGGAUCUAUCAGCAAAUUGUAAGGUAACAGUAGAAGGUUUAAGAUUAGAAAUAUUAAAUUUAUCACAAAUACUUGUAGGUAAUAAAUUAAUACUAGCACCGGUGUCAAGUAAUGCAUUCUGAAAAAUGAAUCCACCAAUAUAACACGAAAUUAAAGGGGCACCUGUAUCUCUCAAUUUAUAUGGUAAUUGAUUUAAUAAUAAUGCACUAGCAUGCAUAGAUAAUUUUUCUACUCUAGGUGCCCUUUUUGGUGUACACAUUUCUUUCAAAACUCUAGCAUAUUCAGGAAUAUGUUCAAUGGCAGUGAGUAAAGGAAGACUAAUUUGCACAUCUUGUAAAAUUUUCUUUAUUUCUUCAUUGUGUUCCUUUUUCUUUCUUUGUCUAGGCUCUAGAACUUUAGGAAAUGGAAUGGUCGUCCUCUCUUUCGAAAUUUCCUUGGUAGAAUCUAUAAAAUCCUCUUCUACUCCUAUUUGAUUUUGUUUUGGUUUGUCCAUGUUUUCUUUUUCUUCUAAUGUUUGGGGAUAAGGAUCAGGUAAGAUCUUACCACUCCUUAAUGCAUUCACUGUCCUAACAUUUUCAUUUCAUGGGUUUUUUCCUAGAUUCAUGCUACUAGACUCCCCUUGCUGAAUUCUUAUUGUUAGGCGGUUCUUUGGAUUUUCUAAGGGCUGACUAGGUAGCUGUCCCUCUUCUCUCUUAUUCCCAAGAGCCUCUAUAAUUUGUUUCUGGUCCAGCAUCAUUUGAUUCAUAGUUUGUUGCAUCAUUUGGCUCAUUUGCUGCAUCAUUUCCAUAGCAUCAGGUUGGAUUUGAGAGGGCUGAUUUUUCUGAAAUCUGUUUUUUUGUUUUGGACGAAAUUCAGAGUUUGAAUUGAGUCUAAGUGCUUCUGGAUUUUGAAUAUUAUUUGGGUCUCUCCAUGAAAAAUUAUUCCUCCAAUUAGGAUUAUAAGAAUUUGAAAAAAGUUCCUUGUUUCUAUUAAAACUGUGAGCUACUUGUACUUGUUCUUGCAUAGGGUGAAAUGAUUGAUCUAAAUUAUAACAUUAAAAUUCAGAUAAUCAUUUUCACCAUACAUAGGACAUGUACUAUUCGAAUUAAGUUGAGGGUUAAAAGGCUUUCUAAUAUUUUCAAAAGUAAAUCAUUUUUUUCUAAUCUUUGAUUAAUCUGAUUAACCUCAUUUCUAAGUUUAGAAUCAUCAUCAUGAUGCAAUUCAUAAAUUUCUCUCUUCUUAUCCCUGUCAUAUAAUUCAAAAGAGGCUUGAUUUCUAGAAUUUUCACUUAAAUUCUCAUAAAGAUUGUAAAUCUCAUCAGGAGUUUUCUCCAUAAAAGCUCCUCCACAUAUAGAAUCAACCAUAUUUUUAUGUUAUUCUAAUAAUUCAUCAUAAAAAAUUCUAUUGAGCUGCCACUUGGGUAUAGCAUGAUGAGGACACUUUCUAAGUAAAUCUUUGAAUUUUUCCCAUGUCUCAUGCAAAGUUUCUCCUGGUCUUUGAGAAAAACUCCAUAUAUGUUUUCUCAUAUUUUGAGUUUUUCCUAAGGGAUAAAAUUUUCGAAGAAAGGCUUGUUCUAUAUCUUUCCAGCUAGUUAAUUCUCUAUCUAACGUGGAUAGCCAAUGGCUAGCUUUGUCCCUAAGUGUAUGAGGGAAUAAUUUCAUCUUAAUAAUUUCCGGUGUAACUUGAGGGAGAUUAACUAAAUCACAGACCAUAUGAAAUUUUCUAAGUGCUAAUGAGGCUCCUCUAAAGGCAAUCCAUGAAAAUUAGGGAGCAUUUGAAAAAUUCUUGGAUUUAUUUCGAAUUUAACAGUGGGUGCUAAUGGGACUCUAAUAUUUGAUGCUCUUUGAAAUGAAUCAGGGAUAUAAUAAUUUUUCAUGGUCAUAGGAUUGUUCUCAAUUUGACCUGUACUUCCUUCAGGAUCUAUCAAAAUUAAUUUUUUUUCUUUCGGAUUUUUAGUCUUGAAUGAAAUAAUGAAAGGAUUUUCUAGCCUUGGAUGCAAGGAUCUUCUACCAUGCAUAAAAAAUCAAUAAAUUCGAGAGAAAAGUUUAGUAAUUGUUACCCUCCUUCAGUAUGCUCCAGUCCUUGCCUUGCUUCUUUUCGUUCCCUUUUUCUUAAAAAAAAUCGACAACAAGAAAAUAAAACAAGAGUUAAAUUUUUUUGUGUACUCUUAAGAGAAAAACAAAAAAAGUACUAAAUAUUAUGCAAUACAUCCCCGGCAAUGGUGCCAAAGUUUGACAUGACUCAGUCAUUGUAUAUUAAAUCACGAAAAUAUAAAAUUUAUAAAACUAGAAAAUACGAAUUUUCAGAUAUUUAGAAGUAUUUCUGAACAAAUAUAUGAAUUAUAAUUCAAUAAAACUUCCAAAAAUAGCAGUAAUUUUCCAGGUCGAUCACAGGGAUGUAAUAUAAUAUAUGGUAAUUAUUCAUAAUUUUUCUCAGACAAUACUAUUUUAUAUGAAUUUUAUACUAAGAAAUGAAAAGGAAAAAUAUUUAAAAGGAAAAUAAGGGUGCGGAUGUCAGGAUGACGUCAGCACCCGGCGAAUGUGAAUCGGGCAGAAACAGAGUUCCGCCCGGCGAUUCUUUCGUAAGUGAUUACAGACGAUUUAAUUAAUCAAAUUAAGAUCUGUAAAAGCCGGAAGAAUCAUAAUUAAAUAAAGUAUAUUUUGGUAAAUUAAAAACACAAAAAUUAAUCACUAAAUGAAGCAUAAAGUAAGUUUGAAAGCAAGAAAACAGAGUUCCGGCGUCGCGACGGCGAUGCAUUGGCGAUGCACUAGAAUCCUGAGCGUUCGGGAGGAUCGUCGUGCAGUGUCCAUGGCCUCGAAGGCUCUCCUUGCACAAAGACGAGGUGGGCAAUCUCUAGAUCUUCUUGUGAAGUCUAAAACUUAAUGAAAUUGGUCGCCGAGUUGUCUCCGGCGGCUGUCACCCAGCAGAGCGGAAAAACGGCGACUUUGCGGCUCUUCGGCGGCUGUCACCUGACGGAGAGGAGCUGGAUGGAGGUGGGGCGCGUGUCAGGGAGCUUCAUCCUCAGGUCCGCGCAACAAGAGGAGGCUCUUCAUCGUAUCUGGUACGCUCUCAGGAGGUGGCGACUCGUCUCCUAGCGGAUCGUCCUCUUCCCGACGACAGCGUGUUCGUCGAUCAAUCGGAGAUGAUUUACUCGAUGGAUUCGCGAUCCUUUUAUCGCGAAUCGUUCAACAAUUUUAGUAGCAAUACUCCGCGAAUCGCAUUGACGAGAUUUUUGUCGAUGAUCUAGCGAUUCUGGUUGCUUAAUUCUUCACCGGCGAUCUGUAGGAAAGUCACGAUAAUCAGAUAAAAAUAUAUGACUUUUGACUCUAGAAGGACUCGAACCCGCGCCGGUUGCCCGCCUCUUCUGAGGAAGGUGUGACGCGGGUUUAGUCCCACAUCGGUUGUGCGCCGAUUUUUUGGGCGAAUAUAUAAUAAUGUUAGCUCUCUAAGCAAAGUUCCUUCUCUCGCGUGUACGACCACUCCUUGCCCCACAGCCGGCUGGCCACCGGUGACGUGGAAGGGGAGUGGCGCAUACGUGCCCCUAUUGGUCUAAGCCGCUCCAGCCCCUGCUCGCGGCUACUCCCUAACUAAGCUUCCGACCCGCUUGCGGGCGCAGCUGGCCAGCGGGUCCCCCCAUUUUGCAAUAUUUUAGUUUUAUUUCUUUUUCUUCAUUUAUCUCAAAAGUAAGACUGUAAAAAUCAUAUAAAUUCGUAUAAAAUCACAUAAUUACCCAAAAAAUCACAUUAAUCACCUGAAAACUACUUUUCACACUUUAAUAGAAAUAUAAGUAUUUAUCCUGAGUUAAGGCUAAAAUUAUAUUAUUUACUAUUUAUUAACUCAUGAUAAUGAAGACUUAUCAGUGAGUGAACUCUUUUUCUUCAUAUAGUUUCGUGGUAUUUAUGCAUUAAAUUCCUUUUUACCAAAUAUGUCAUCUUACUUCAUACCAAAAAGUAACGAUAGUAAAUGAAACUCAAUAGGUAAAGGAAUUUUUUAGUGAUUAGAAUAUGUUAUUCUUAAUUAAUAUAUAUUUCUUUAAUAUAUUUUUAUUAUAAGAUUACCAUUAUGCCCUUACAUUAUAUCUUUCUUAAUAUUUUAGAGUUCCUAUUGGGCUGGAAAGUAUACUAAAAGGGAGGGUGAAUUUGUUUUCUAAGUAGUUUUAUCAUUUUUAAUGUUUUGGACUUAAUUCAAUCUAUGAAUUACUAAUGAAGUGGGUCUACAUAG